AUGAGCUCGAGUGACUCUGAUUCUUCCAAAGAGGAAUCAAACACCAAUUUAAUGGUGAAAACCUCGAAUAAAGGUUUUUGGGGUCGUCAUUGGUGGAAAUUCCUUCUUGCAUUCGUGUUAGCGUUGGGUGGUGCAGCAGUAGCUGCUUACUUCUUGUGGUAUAAACCAGCCCACAAUAAUUCCUCCGGGAAAUCAGACAAUUCAGUAAUCGGUAAUGGAGACAAUAAUACCAAUCCACUUUCACCUGAUAGUUUCGACGACUCGAACGCUCCAAAUAGUCACACGCCACCGUUAAACCAGCCUUUUGCUUAUGGCAAACAACCAAUAAGAGGGGUAAAUAUUGGUGGCUGGCUUGUUAUGGAACCUUUUAUUACACCAUCUUAUUUCGGGGGGAAUAUCAUAGACGAGUGGAGUUUGUGUUCUAGUUUAGGACCAGAAAAAGCCAAUGCCACAUUAAACAAACAUUAUUCCACUUUUAUUACUGAGGAAGAUUUCGCCGAAAUAGCCAAACUUGGAUUGAAUCAUGUUCGGAUUCCACUGGGAUUUUGGGCAGUUGAAGUCGCCUCUGAUGAACCAUAUGUACCAAAACUUAGUUGGAAUUAUUUGCUAAAAGGUAUUGGUUGGGCAAGAAAAUAUGGCUUAAGGGUAUUGGUGGAGCUUCAUGCUGCGCCAGGAAGUCAAAAUGGUUGGAAUCAUAGUGGACCUAAUGGGAAAGCGAAUGCAGAUCGUACUCUACGCAUCCUUCAAACUUUAGUCACAUUCUUCAAUCAGCCUCAAUAUCAACAUGUCAUUCCAAUUUUUGGCGUGUUAAAUGAACCUUUUAUUAGUACGCAGUUAACAAUCGGUGAUGUACAACAAUUUUAUUUAGACGCCAAUAAAAUUAUCCGCGAUAUUACCGGUACCGGCAAUGAUUUCACUCCUUGGCUCGUUUAUCAUGAUGGCUUCGCCGGACUAAGUUCAUGGAAAGGAUUCAUGAAAGGUUAUGAGAGAGUUAUAUUGGAGACACAUAGUUAUCUCAUCUUCGAUCCAAUCCUUAUCAUGCUUCCAAAAACCACUCAACUCGUUUUCCCUUGUGUUGCAUGGGUAAAAGCACUUGCACAAAGUAACGUUGACUUUGGUCUAACAAUCACCGGUGAAUGGACCAUUUCAACCGAUGACUGUGCCAUCUACCUGAAUGGAGUUCAAGAGGUUUCUAAAUACGAAGGCAAAUGUCCCAAUUGUACCUGUGCUGGCGCAAACGAUUACAAGAACUGGAGCGCGGAGAAGAAAGAAUUCUAUACGCAAUUUGCAUCUGCUCAGAUUGAAGCGUUCGAGUCAAAUGGUGGAGGGUGGUUUUAUUGGACUUGGAAGACGGAGAAUCAUGUUAAUCCUACUUGGGAUUAUCAGCUUGGUGUGCAAGAGGGAUGGAUUCCUAGUGACCUUCAAAAUCGACCACCGAUAUGUAAACAACUAGAGCAACAACAUCCCGACGCGUAUGCGAAUUUAACUAAUAACAAAUAG